GUGGUGAGAGUCAGUGACGUGGCAGACCAGCCCGAACACGGUCCUUAGGGCCGGGACAGCCGGGGCUGUCAGCUGGCCUCUGGGCAGCCCCGCCGGGAGAGCACCGACUGCGGCGGCAGUCGCCAGCCCGGAGCCGGAAGUGCCACGUGUCCCCAUUGCGCCUGCGCGGCCGGCGGCUGACACUUCCGGCAAGGGCCUCUCUUCUCUCCGGGCUUGGCUGCCUCCUUCCAGCACCGCGUUCCCGGCCCCACCGACGUGACUACCUACCCUCAGCUCCCAGGCCAAGUCGUGGCCGCCGGUGGGCUGGGGAGAAUGUGGCGCCGGGCCUAGGGCUUGAUGCGCCUCCCUCUCUGCUCCCCGCCCUCUGUCCACAGUCGUUCUUUCCCUUCGCUUCCAGGAGUCGCCUUUCAUCUCUUCUCUCGGCGCUGUCGCAUAUCGCGACCAGCCCCUUCCAACCCGGAUAACCACCGUCGUCAUGUCCCAGCCGGGGAUACCGGCCUCCGGCGGCUCCCUAACCGGCCCCCAGGCCCAGAAUGGGGCCGCCUCGGCCUCGGGGUCUUCCUAUACCAACGGUCCUAUCCAAAAUGCACUGCUGUCUGCACAAGGAUAUAAUUCUCAGCUUCCAGGAUCCUACUCUCAUCUAUUACCAGCAAAGACUUUGAAUCCAGUCUCUGGACAGUCGAACUAUGGUGGUUCUCAGACUGUUUCUCCAUUAAAUAAUUAUCAGGGACCUGGGCAGACUCUUCAUAGACCACCUGUGGCUUCUAAUGCAGUGACACCUUCACUCCAUAGUGGUCCUGUUCCCCGAAUGCCACAACAUGCUUCUCAGAACCCAGCUGCUACACCAAUGUCUUCUGGUAGCUUUCAUCCUGGAGCCAAUGUACCGCCACCUCUGAAUUGGCAGUAUAACUAUCCAUCCACAGGAUCACAGACAAACCAUUAUCCUCGUGUAUCAACUGGACCAACUAUGUCUGGGAAUACAAAUUUGACAAGUCAUCAGUAUGUUUCUUCUGGAGAUCCUUCACUUCAAAACAACUUCAUAAAAUCAGGUUCUGCACCCCCCUUAGUGAGUCCACCUCUGCCUACCACUUUCCAACCAGGAGUUCCUCUUGGGCCUCCUCCAACUGGAAGACCACCUCCAGUGAGAGACCUAAGUCCUCAGAAAUCAUCACAUAGGGAUGUGCCUCAGCCCUCAUUUAAUUCACCUAUCAACCAAGAAGGUAAGCAUGGCAAAACCAAGUCAAGUCCUAAAGGUUUGACUUAGGGUAGAAGAAUGAAU